AUGGAUUCCUCUAACGAUAAACAAACAAAUCCAGGAAAAACCUUGCCCUUCACGGAAAUUGUUCAUAUCAUAGAAAGUUUGAUUGUUAGUCGCCCCAUGCUCAAAUCAAAGCCUUCUCUCGAGCAUCACUCCGUCCUCGAAUCAAAGCCUUCUCUUGAGCAUCACCCCAUCCCCCAAUCCGAGCCCUCUCUUGAAACUACGGCCGUCAGGCCCGUCAUCACCGCUACUGCCACCAGUGGCAAUAGUAGUCCAAAGGCGGCGACCAAAUCAGAGGGAAAUAACAGCAGCGAGGGAAGAAAAGAAGAUAGAAAGAUUGACGAUAUACUCGAGAAGAUACAGAACAAUCUCAAUCAAAUUAAAGAUUCCUUCAUUCAGCUUCAGAAGUUAGAAGAAAGCUCGCUCGCUAAACAACUAAAAAAUUGUCUAGGCAACCUCAAAAACUUACUUGAGAGUGAAGAAAAGGAAACAACCGGUAAUACUAAUGCUCCAUUAUUCAGCGACAUCAAGAAGAAACUCAUGAAGUUAAAGUACCAGAUUCCAUCACUCCGUAAACUGUCCUGGACAAGUCCAACGGCUCAGUCACAGACAAGCGGCGGGUCUACUGUGGGCGGUUCAGUCCAGGAGUUGCCCAAGCUACACAAGAGUGAAAGCUUCAAAAAUGGCUCAUUUUAUAAAGAAAUUGAAGAUAUUUUUGUACGCCUUGAAGAUAAAGAGAAGUUUUUUUUGUCAUGCUUUGCUGUGCUCACCGAACAUGCAGUGGUGAAGAGGAGGCUUUUGACUUAUUGGGGGCUCGGAGAGGGCUUUUUAAGUGAAUCGAAUUCAGAAACAGACGAGGAGACGCCUGAGAAAAUCGUUGACAAAAUUCUUGAGAAAUUACAAGAGAUGGGCUUUAUUGAGCCUGCUAUGAGAAAGAGAAAACAGGAAGUUAGAAGCUACAAAAUGGAUCCUCUUGUGCGUUCUGCUAUGAUUAUGAUUUGCAAGAAAAAGAAGUCUGAUGGUGAUUCUAAUGGGAACGCGGUGGAGUAUAGCGCACUCGCUAACAAGGCAUUUUUGGUGAAACGCGAGGAAAAAUCUUUGGUUGGCGAAAGUCCUUCACAAGAGGGAGAGGAUCAAAGUCAAAAUUUAGAUCCAGAAAUACUUGUUACAUUAUUCAAUGUUAAUAAGCAUUCUCCCGAUACCCAGCUGAAUAAUUUAGCGAAUAAGAAGAGUAAAGAUGUAAAAGUGGUGGACUGGUUAUCGAAGAUGAAAUCACUCAAAGUUCUUUAUCUGGGAAGAUGGCAGAAAUCUGCUGGUUAUCACAUUGAGGUGAAGGACACUGCAUUCUUAAAAGGAUUGAAGAGUAUGGAAAAAUUGAAGUUUCUUAGCCUUCAAGGGAUCUCUAGAAUCAAUAAGCUUCCACCUUUCAUAAGCAUGCUCAAAAAUUUGGUCGUCUUAGAUCUCAAGGAUUGUUACAAUCUGGAGGUACUUUCAGAGGACAUAAGCUCACUCACCAAUCUGAGGUACUUGGAUAUUUCUAACUGUUAUCUUCUAGGUAACAUGCCCAAGAAGCUAUCCUCACUCUCAGAACUCCAAGUCCUUAAGGGGUUUGUCAUUGGUGAUCCACGAAGGGGAAAAUUGGGUGCUUUAGAAGAUUUGAAGGGAUUGAAGAAGCUGAAGAAACUGACCAUCAUUGCAACUAGAAAGGACUUCCCUACACCAGAAGAUCUAGGCGCUCUUCUAAAGCUUGAAGCACUUCGAAAGCUAACAAUAGCAUGGGGUGUACAGCCAAAAAAUUCGGAAGAGCAAGCAAAAGCUGGCGAAUUAUCAAAGCAUGAAACAUCACUGCUUCGAAAAGCAGCAGAAUCAUCAGUGCAUCCGAGCGAUAUACUUCCAAAUAAGCUGGAGAAACUGGAUCUUCAGUGUUUCCCCUAUUCUACACCGACGUGGCUGAAACCUGGUGAUUUGCCAAUGCUAGAGAAACUCUACAUAAGAGGAGGCAACUUCACAACUUUGGAGAAAGGCACGUGGAAAGUGAAGGCUUUACGUUUGAAGUACUUGAGUGGAAUGAAGAGGAAUUGGAGAGAACUAAAAGAAUUAUUCCCAGAAUUGGUUUACUUGGAGAGAGUUAAAUGCCCGGGGAUCACACUCUGCCCUUGCGACGAGAAUGGAGUGUGGCAAAAUCCGAAAACAUAA